AUGAGUUGGACAAACCGACACCUAGCUGGCGACUAUAGCGACUCACUUCCGCGGUUUUUUAGUCCAGCGGGUCAGUUUAAUGAUUUGGCGUCUCUUUUCACCGUAAAUUACGCUACGAGCAUGAAGUAUUUGCUGCACUUCACUGGCGAUGACAGCUCCACGCCGUUUUUGCUGUGCAUGUUCUUCGUUGUGUUCUGUAUGUUCGCGUGCUGGACCUACGGUUAUUGCUCUGCCAUCAAGUUUGUUUGUGCCCAGCUUGCUCGCUGGCGCAGCCUAUGGUCGCAUUUGUGUGAUGUUCGUUCACUACCUCGACUUCCUGUGGGCGCUCAGGAUGGUAUGUUCGCUCUAAUUGGUGCUGCCAGUAUGCUUGGUGGCAUGGCACGUAUGACCAUCUCGCUGGCAGUGAUUAUCCUUGGGUUGAUUUUGCCCCGCAGCCAGGACACUGCAGGUGGUGGGCAACGACCUAAUCUUAGCGCUAAACGAAGGUCUACUCGCUUCUCUAACAUUAUCAAUCGACACCAUUUGGCUGUGCUACCAGAACCCUUUGUUCGCAUUCCUGCCGGUGACACGACGCUAUUGUACAACGACCAGUGCGCGCUUUCAUACCGGGACAUGAAAGGCAGCUACCCACGAUACCCAUCCGUCAGCGACAUUCAACUAGACGAGGAGGAGCGAGACUUGUGCAUGGAUCUCACAUCAUACAUGAAUACUACGCCGUACACUGUUCAGGAGCAGACUCCAGUACCGCGUGUUUUCUACCUGACACUGGCGCAUCUCAAGUUUUUCCUUGAGGCACUGAGCGAAGCGGAGAAGCAGCGUAUUCAGGGUUAUUUCCACCGCAACCGCUGUGGAUCAGAGCGAUUUGAAGACGUGGAGGAGAAGCUGAUCAGGAUUAAUGACAACUGGCAAACCAGGGGUGAACGGGAGCAGUGGCAGCAGCUAGGCAUUUGUUGCUGUUGGAAGUUCUCAAGUGUCGAAACUUGA